GUCACCAUGUCCGGAAACUUCCCCACCUCCAUCAACCCUAAGUACAUCCCUUACACCAACGCCAACAGCGAGGUGACCGCGUGCGCCAACCCUAUCGAAUUGAACCUCGCCAAGGAGUUUGCAGGCAACAAGGUGGUUAUCACCGCCGUGCCUGGUGCCUUCACCCCCACCUGUACCGAGCAACACAUUCCAGACUACUUGGCCCACUUGAAGGAGUUCAAGGCCAAGGGUGUGUCCAGAAUCAUUGUGUUGUCCGCCAACGACCCCUUCGUGCUUGCCGCCUGGGGCAAGGCAUUGGGCUACAAGGAAGAGGAGAACUACGUGGUUUUCGCCACCGACCCAUUGGCCCAGAUCUCCAAGCAGUUGGGUGACGAGUACACCGCCGACUUGUCCUCUGCCGGCUUCGGCUUCAGAACCAACAGAUGGGCUGCCAUUGUUGACGAUGGUGAAAUCGCCUUCUUGCAGAACGAAGAAGGUUUGGGCUUCUCCGAGAUCUCCAAGUCCGAGACUCUCUUGGAAAGACUCUAA